AGCAUUCAGUUCCCACCAUGAAGCUUCUGAAUGUUGCUGAAUUCCUUAUUUUCAUACCCACUUUGAUGCUAGCUCUGGACCCUCUCAGCACCUCGAUCUUCAUGGGAGGGGCUGCUGUUGCUUGGCAGCUCCUCUCCCCUUACUCCUGGCUCAAGUGCAGUCUCCUGGAGUGCUGCAAUAUGAAGGACACACUGAACCUCUCAGUUUUGAAGAUGGAUUUGGAGCGGAAAGUCUUUGGCCAGCAUCUUGCUGUCCAAAUAGUUCUGAGAGCUCUGAGUGCAAAUGUUUAUUCCAAAUGGCCCAGAAAGCCUUUGGUGAUGUCCUUCCAUGGCUGGACAGGAACAGGCAAAUCAUUUGUCAGCAGUAUCAUUGCAGAGAACCUCUAUCAGCUUAAUAUACCAAGAAGGAGGUUUGUGCACCACUUCAGCACAGUACUGCAUUUCCCACAUGCUUCACAUGUCCAUCUGUAUAAGAAGCAGCUGCAGAAUUGGAUCCAGGGGAAUGUCAGUGCCUGUCCAAGGUCCCUUUUUAUCUUCUCUGAAAUGGAUCAGAUGCCACAUGGCCUGAUAGACUCUAUCAUGCCAUUCCUUGGCUACCAUGAAGAGAUUGAUGGUGUUUAUUAUGGCAAGGCAAUCUUCCUCUUCCUGAACAAUGCCGGAGGAGAUAAGAUAACAGAGAUUGCUCUUGAUCACUGGAGAAGGCAGAAAAGAAGAGAAGAAAUUUCUCUAAAGGAGUUGCAGUCUCUGAUACCUGAGGAAAUUUUCAGCAACAUGAACAGUGGUUUUUUCCAGAGUCAUCUGAUCCAAAAGAACCUGAUUGACUAUUUCAUUCCUUUCCUUCCUCUUGAAUAUAAACAUGUGAGAGAGUGUGUCCGGGAGGAGCUCCGCUUACAAGGCCACCGUGAGGAUGAAGACCUCAUGACAGAGAUUGCCUUGGCAAUGACUGACUACCCCAGCAAAGAAAGACUCUACUCUAGCAAAGGCUGCAAGACUGUGGCCUCCAGAGUGACUCUGAGCAUCUAGACAUUACAAAGCCAAAUGCCUUGUGUUCUUGCUACAAGAAUACAGCAGAUGGAAGAAACAAUAACUCCCUUUCCCCUCCUUGCAGUUCAGUCUACGCAUUCUUCCCUGAAGGUAUUUAGCCUCUUGCAUAUCAGAGGCAGUCUUAUUCAAGAGCUCUUAAAUAAAUAUAUAGGACAAUGUUACAAUGGUGGUACAGAGUAAGCAGAAGAGGGACAUACUUGAGUUAUGAGAUUUGCUCUUCUUGCCGCAGAAAUGCUCUCGGACAAAAGUAUUUUCAAAGGGACAACUUCCUACUUCUGUUGCAAGACUGCUUGUACCUUAAGUCCUAGCUCUGCCCUAAUUAGUAAGAUCUAUUCAUAAAUAAUCAUUCUCAGUAAUCAGAUCUGCUUUGUUUUAAACCGAUUUUCUCCCAUCUAUCUCAAAGAAAUCACAAAGGAGAUCAGGAACACCGUUCCUGCUUUACAGGUAUGGAAACUGAAGCACAACUCAUCCAACAGGCCUUGGUCAGAGGCAGUGGUCCUAGUUCAGCGUUUUCUCUACUAGGCACCAGUGCUUCACCUUGAUGUACCUAGUUAUCCCACACUACCUGAGCUGUUUGCAUCAGAGAACACUGUGUGCCAUUGCCUCUGACCAGUAAAUCAAAGGGAUGCAGAGAAACCCCUCAUAUCUCAACACUAUUUCUCUUGAUAUCUAGGCAUCAACGUUGGUUCAUUUUGACUGUUAUACAGCCUCCUUCUAUUACAAUCACCUGCUGUGACACACAGUCAGGGAAAUGCCUCUCCGUG